AUGAUAGCAGAUAAAUGCAUAAUUAAGCAUGAAAAUGAGGAAAAAAAUGUAAAGAGAUACAGUAAUAAAUAUAUUUUUAAUAACAACAGUGUAGAACAAAAUACAUUAAAAAAUAUAAAUUUAAAAAUUACUGAUGAAGAAAUAAAAUUACAUUUAAAAAUUAUAGAAUCUUUAUAUCCUAAUUUUAAAUUAAAAAUUGGUAAAUUAAUUAAUGGUAGUUAUAAUAUUUUUACAAAGUUUUUAGUACAAUCCCAUUUAGAUGAUUUUAAUUCUUUUAUAAACGUAUAUAUAAAAAAUAUGCCUGAAACAAUACCCGUGAUGGAAUUUUCACCACAACUAAAUAAUUAUUCUGUCUUAAAUAAUUUCGGAAAUUCAGCAAAAUGUGUUAAAUUUUAUGUAAGUGAUAUAGAAAUAAGAAAUCCAGUAAUAAAAAAUGAAAAAGGAGAAUUAAGAAACGAUUAUCCUUAUUUAUGUAAAUUAUCCUCAAGAAAUUAUGAAGGGGAAAUAUUUAUAAAAAUAAAUAAACAAUAUAAUGAUGAAAUAACUAGCACUGUUGUUAGUGCCGGUCAUAUUCCUAUUAUGGUUUUAUCAAAUCUUUGUAAUUUAAGCAAUUUAAGUAAAAAAGAAUUGAUUAAAAAAGGAGAAGAUGAAAAUUUAUUAGGUGGCUUUUUUAUUAUAUCAGGGCAUUUGAAAGUUAUUAGAUUUGUAAUAUAUCCAAAGUAUAACACUCUACUUCUUAAUGAAGAAAAUAAAGUCCACAUAAAUUGUUUAUUGAAUGAUAAUACAGUUUUUAUUAAUUUUUUAACUUAUUAUAAACAGAAUUUUUAUUCAUAUGGUGUUAAAUUUCAAAAUUCUGUAAUUACUAUACCCUUUCACAUUUUAAUAGUACUAUUAAGCCCAAUAAAAAAAAAAAAUUACAUAUUUAAUAAAAUAAAAAUUGGAAUAAAAAAUGAAAAUGCUAUUAAAUAUGUAGAGCAAUUUAUCAAUUCUAUCUUUUUAAAAAAUGACGUUAAUGAAAAAGAAAUUUUUGAAAAAUAUAAUUUAAGUUAUUUAGGAAAGAGUUCUUAUUUUAAAAGAGGCAUUUUUAGAGUUUAUCAAGUAUCCCAUGAAAAGAAAGGAAAACAUAUUUUGAAGUAUUGUGUGCUUCCUCAUAUACAAAAUAACACAGAAAAAUUCGAAACAUUGUGUUUAAUGUUUAAAAAAUUAGUUUUAAGCAAAUUUAAAUUAAUUAAUUGUGCAAAUAAAGAUUCUUUAGAAUACCAUGCUGUUACUACAUGUAGUCAUUUAUUAGCAAAUAUGUUAAAAGAUCAAAUAAUGACUUCUUUAAAUCGCUUUCAUUAUCAAUACUCUAGAACCUUUUAUAGAUUAUUAGAAAAAAAAUAUGAUACAUUUAAAAUAAGUAUAAAGCAAAUAUAUUUAAGAUACAAAGAAAUGAUAUCAAAUGAGAUGAAUGAAGACCAUUUAAAUCAUAUUCCUUUAGAAGUAGAUAUGAACAAAGAUAUAAAAUUAAACUAUCAAGAUAAUUCAAAUAUUUUAAAUCAUAAAAAUGAGUCAAAGAAAAAAUUGAGAUCAAUAUUCAUAGAUGAAAAAGAAAAAUUAUUUACAAGUAUAGAAAGUUAUAUAGAAGAAUUGUAUAAUGAUAAUAUCAUAUUCAUGGAAAAAGCAAAGACAUUUUCAACAAUAAGUUUGGCAAUAAUAUACUUCUUUAAAACAGGAAAUAUUUCAUCAGACAAUUUACAUUAUCAACAAAAAAGUGGCUGGGUUAUUUCAGCUGAUGAAAUUAACAAUUUAAGAUUACUUACAAAUUUUAGAGCUAUACAUAGAGGUUGCUUUUUCCAAGAUGUUAAAGUAUUAACACCUAGAAAAUUAUUAGGAGAAUCAUGGGGAUUUAUAUGUCCUGUUCAUACACCUGACGGUUCUCCUUGUGGUUUGCUAAAUCAUUUAUCUCAAUUUUGUUAUAUUCAUAAUUUAGCUAACAAUGAUUCACAUAAAAUGAAUAUAAAAUUGUAUUUAAAAAAAAUUGGUAUUAGUGUUAAUUUAGAUGAAACAAGUGGGAUACACACUAUUUAUGAAGAUGAAAAUAUUCCUAUUAUUGUUGAUUCAAUUCCUAUUACAUAUAUUGCUAACAAAGAUUUUAACAGAACUGUUUAUAAAUUAAAAUAUGCAAAAAAUCACAAUUUGUAUAAUUUAAAGUCAUAUUUCGAAAUAAAUGCUUAUCUUGAUGAACCCUCAAUAAUGGAUAGUAUAGUAAUUAAUACAUUUCCAGGAAGGAUAAUUAGACCUUUAUUUAAUUUGAAAAUGAAAUCAAUUGAAUACAUUUCCCCUUCUUAUCAACCAUAUGUAUCUAUUGCCAUAAACUAUGCAGAUAUUAAAAAGAAUAAUUUAGCAAGGAAGCUUUUAAAAAAAAGAGAAGAAGUAGUUAAUUCUAAAAAGAAAAAUGAACAAAAGUUCACAUUAAAGCAACAGUAUUUAUUUCACAUGAAUGAUAAAAACAUUAAUUCUAAAAUGAAAAAAAAAUGUAACAAUAAUUCAUCUAAUUGCAAAUUAGAUGAAUCAAAAAUUAAUAAAAAUGUAUUUAAAAUUUUGACGGAAAAUAAUCGUAAAAACAGUACAGAUGGUUAUGUUAGUAGUUCUGAUUAUGAAACUAGUAGUGAUUCUGGUAUAGAUUCAGAAAACGAUAACAUGUCAUCAACAACUUUUAUUGAUAGUGAUGAAAAUGUUAAUAUUGAUAUUUAUGAGCAAAUGCCACAAAAAUUUGAAUAUAUGGAAUUAAAGGAAACAUCCUUUUUAUCUUUUUUAGCAUCUUUAACUCCUUUUUCUGAUCACAAUCAAAGCCCACGUAAUAUUUAUCAAUGUCAAAUGUUGAAACAAACAAUGGGAAUACAAAGCUUAAAUAUAUUGUAUACAUUUACAAAUAAAAUAUAUAGAAUGAUAACUCCUCAACUUCCUUUAGUUGUAACAAGAGAUUACGAAUUUUAUGGAGUAGAUAAUUAUCCAAGUGGAACAAAUGCAGUGGUUGCAAUAUUAUCAUAUACAGGGUACGAUAUGGAAGAUGCCUUAAUAUUAAAUAAGGGAAGUGUAGAUAGGGGUAUUUUUCAAACACAUAUAUAUAAAACAGAAUUAAUAGAUUUAGAGAAAGUUGCAGGAUCGGGUGAUUUUGUAUUUGGAAAUAACAUUAGGUAUACUAAUAAUUACAAAAGCAAUAAUAUUAAGCAUGACCACAUAGGUAAAAAGCUAAAUAAUGAUGGUUUGCCUAGUAUACAACAAAAAAUUAAAGAGUCUACACCUUUAUAUUCAUAUAUUAAUAAAAAAAAUGAAUUAACAACAUAUGAAAAUUUUAAAAGGCAUGGAGAAUAUUAUGUAGACUUUGUAAGUAUUGCAAAAAAUAAUUCAAAUCAAAUUGCAAUUGUCAAAUUACGAUCGACAAGAAAACCUCAAGUAGGAGACAAAUUUGCUUCAAGACAUGGACAAAAAGGAGUUGUUUCCUUAUUAUUUCCUCAUGAGGACAUGCCUUUUUCAGAAAGUGGAAUAGUUCCUGAUAUAAUUUUUAAUCCUCAUGGUAUUCCAUCACGUAUGACUAUUGGGAUGCUUAUCGAAAGUAUAUGUGGAAAAGUUGCUUCUGUAUAUGGUAAAAGAAUUGAUGCUACACCAUUCAGAAAAUAUACCCAACAAAAAAGUUUUAAUAAUCAAUGGAUUGAUAAUUGUGGUAUUAAGGGAUAUUUACAGGAGAGCAAAGAAAAAAAAAAUUAUAUCCAUAAUAAAUCAAAUGACAGUGAAGAUAAUACAAAAGAUUUGAAUUUUCAACAAAGCAAAAAAAAGAAAAAAUAUUCAGAUAUAACAUAUGAUGAUAAAAUUGAUUAUUUUGCAAAAUUAUUAUUAAACAAGGGAUAUGAUUAUUAUGGAACUGAAUUAUUGUAUAGUGGUAUAUAUGGUGUUCCAUUACAAGCUCAUAUAUUUAUUGGUGUAAUUUAUUAUCAAAGAUUAAGACAUAUGGCUUAUGAUAAAGCUCAGGUAAGACGAUCAGGACCUGUUUGUAAUUUAACUCAUCAACCAUUAAAAGGUAAAAGAAAACAUGGUGGUAUAAGAUUAGGAGAAAUGGAAAGAGAUGGAAUAAUAUCUCAUGGUUGUAGUUUUGUAAUUAAUGAAAGAUUUUUAAUGAAUUCAGAUGGACAUGAAUGUUUUGUGUGCCCCAAAUGUGGACUAAUUUUAUCACCCAUUUUACAAUUUAAUGCGAGUGGGAAAAUAAUAAAAGGUAGAUCUAUUGGAGGAAAAAAUAAAAUGGCUAUUUGUAAAUCCUGUGAUGUAUCAUGUAAAAUUAUUUUUAUUCCUUAUGUUAUAAGAUAUUUAUUGAAUGAAUUAAUUUGCUUAAAUGUAACUAUAAGAUUAAAUAUAAAAUCAGUUGAAAGUAUGUUUAAUUUGAAAUAA